UUUUGUCGCGCAACACGACCACCUCCGCCGUGGUGACAUAAUCGCUGUCGCCGUCGCCCCGGGACGCGCCAAGAAGGGCCAGCUCUCGACCAUUCUUUCGGAAAGAAUUCUCUUUGCCCGGAACCUUUACCAGCCGCCCCCGGGCCACUUCGGUCUCAAGGACUAGAAAAUUACCUACCGCAAAGCGCUACUUGAACCUCGUCCUCGACAAGGGCACAAGCGCACCUCCAUCGCCCAUCGUCGGAUCCUUCAACUACAUUUGCCGAUUUUUCGAUAGCCUCAGCUUUCUCGAGGUCGAGGCGCUGACGAUAAGCACAACUCGGAUCGCUGAUGGCGCGACUGCGAAGCCGUUCACGCACCACCACGACUUCGGCCUCAACUUGUACCUCCGCAUCGUCACUGACAGUCUGGACCGGGCGUGCGAAAUCGGGCGAGUGCUCCGUAUCGAGAGCAUCGAUGUAGCGCACAACCCCCGAGUUCUGCAUGGCGCACACGGACAUGCACGACAUCAUGAAGAUCGACGAGAGCUUGAUCGACAUUCUUAUGAAGCACUUAACGGGCGAGAAGACAAUAGUGACGUUCCACCCCCACGGCAGGAACAGCGAGAACGCGCUUGGGCUGGACUUCAAGCGGCCGUGGCCGUAAUACGACAUGAUCACGACGCUGAAAAAGAAGCUCGGGAUGAAGUUUCCGGGUUCCUGUGCGAGCUGUUGCAGAAGGUCUGCUAU